AUGGCUGAAGAGGGUCGGGCCUUGUUCGAGUACAGCCGACGUGGCAAACUGGAAGAUGUCCGGGAGGAGCUUGCAAACGGAGGGUCACCCGACUCUUAUUUCAGUUACGACGGGAGCACCGCACUUCUGGUUGCUGCACGUGGCGGUCACGUCGGAGUUGUCGCUGCACUUUUGGAGGCAAGGGCGGACCUGACUGUACGCUCCGAAGACGGCAGCGAUGCCUUGUUGCAUGCAGCCAGCGGUGGGAGCAGUGACGUCAUCCAAAUUCUUUUGAGUUCUUCGGCGGACCCUCAGACACUGAACGAGGAUGAGGUGUCCCCUCUCAUUCUAGCCGCCCACUACGGACACAGUGCAGCCGUUCAAGUACUGCUGCAGGCGCACGCAGACCCCAACUACGUUGCUCCGGGCUGGGGUUCAGCUUUGGACUCUGCUCAGGGACAGUGUGCGACCUUGUUGCUGCAGCACGGAGCAUGCCGACAGGACGCGGCUGCCCAGCCUUCCCGGCCGCUCAAAGCGGGUGAGCACUUCAUGUACGACUGUUUGGAUGAUCCCCAUCAAGCAGAGGCUGCUCUCCGACAGUUUGCUGUGAGGCGUGAGAGCACGAACGGAACCGAGCCUGCUGGCAUUUGCAGGCGUCGUGCCGGGGCACAAGCCAAGUGCAGAAUUGCUUGA